ACGGAGUGACAAUAUAACUAUUUGUUCAUUUCAUUGAACAUAAAUGCAGUUAGGGCAUUACUUGACUCCUUUAUAAAGACGGCUCGGGCAGUAUGGACUCUCGGAUCAUUUUCAUAUCGAUUAUUUUCCUAAGCCAGAUUUUAUCGUUUGCUUCAGCUGGUCACAAUGAAAGAGAGACGGAUAAAGGAAAAUUUAUUCUGCGUAAAUUUAUUAGGAUGGAUAAUCAAUUUUCCAACAAACUAACCAUUCCAAUGUCAAAUGAAAUACCAACGUCAUCGCAAGAACAAAACAAAGAAGAUGAUGAGGAUUUAGGGGAUACAUUUUGCUCUCUGUGCAAUGCGAUUGAAGAUCCAAAUGCUCGUAGGGAUUGUAUUGCCAUCAACUGUGCAGAAUGACGAUAAUAUAAUGCUGAAGAAUUUAUAAAAUUUACAAACGAUUUAAAUCAUUAGAUCCUCAGUAAACGAUGAAAAAACGCUGUUUAGAUGUUGAUCUGUUAACUGAAUUUUGAAUUUAUUUAGUAGAUGUCUUAUACAAAAACACUUUUGUUUUAUUAUGUAACACUUUGAGGGAUAUAUCCUAGAUACAUUUAUAAUGCUUUAAUGUUUAUACAUUAUUUUCAUUUUGUACUCUAUACUAACUAUAUACUGUGUAUGCCUACUUUAAUAGAGCUUUCUACUUUAGAUAAACAUUAUCUAAUUGUUUAUGAUUCGAUUGUAAAUUAAAUAU